AUGAUGAUUAAUACCUUUGUUGUGAUAUCAUCAAACCAGAGUGACAAAUUUUUUUUUCUUUCUUGUUGCCAUUUUUUUUUGUUGCCAUUUUUUUUUCUGUUCAUUCGUCCUUCAAGUUGGUUUGAUGUUAGUGCCACGGGAGUUGAUACCAAGAUAAUGUCUGAAGAACAAUUGAAUCAAAAGAUUGAAAGCUUAUCCAUAAAGGAUGGUGAAUUUUCAGAAUUAUUAAAUAAAUUCAAAUCAAAUGAUGGAUUGUCAAAAGAAGAUAAAACCGAAUUGUAUAAUCAAUUGUUAGCAAAAUCUCAAAUACCAGAUAAUUCGAAAAUUUUAUAUGAGUUACUUCUUGAUACUCCAAUGGAAUUUCUUAAAUGUCUUUAUAAAGUAAAUGAUAAAUCAGGCAAUCUUAUAGUAAAUGCAUUAGCUCAAAAUAAACCAUCCAACGAUUUAAUCCAAAACUUGUUUUCCAAUUUAAGAAUAAUUAUAAAGUCCGACAAUACUGAUGCUGCAUUCUACUUGGGUGUUUAUAGUUCCUUGAUUACCCAUUUGAAGUUAUCCAAUCCUCAACAUUUAAACUUAUUCUUGACUUAUAUUGAUGGGAAAGAUAAAGAAAUUCAGCAAGCCGUGUUUGUGUUAAUUAUUCAGAAUUUAAAACUACAAAGAGAAGAAACAUCAAAUAUUAUCAAAGAUUAUUUGGAUGUUCAAAUGGAUGACACAUCAUUGACUUAUAAUGGAUUCUUGAAUUUUAUAACUAUCCUUGAGAUGUGUUUCCCAAUUGUUCCCGAUAUAUGUACAAUAAUCUAUCAAGAUGAUAAGACCACAAGACAUUUACUUGAUCGCAUUUCAUCUAUCACAGAGGGAAACAACACUACAUUCUCUAUCCCUAUGAUUAAAUUAAUUGAUUCUUCUUGUAUUGUUGAAAAUUGCCGAAACUAUAGUGUUUCCAAUUUUUUCACAUUUUUAAGUCAGUCAUUUGAAUCAAGUAAUACUGAGAUCCAAGUCGUAUCAAGUUUAGCCCUUGCAAAACUUUGGAAAGUUGUUCAAUUUGAAAAGAAGAAAACUGAGAUAACUACAGUAAACUUAGCUACUGUAUUAAUAGACUAUGUUAAACAAUCUGAGAGUGAUCCAAAUUAUGUUGAACUCUCAAUUGAAGGGUUGAUGUAUCUUUCGUUAUACUGGGAAGUGAGAAACCUCAUAAGAAUGGAUGUUCUUUUAAUUGAAGUAUUACUCACAAAACUCGAAGAAACUUCAAUUGAUUCAACUCAUAUGCAUACUUCCUUACAAUAUGGGUUGUUGUCGAUAAUCUCGAAUAUAACUAAAGUUGAAGACGUUAAUGAUCGGGAAUCCAAUAUGAAUACCAAAAGGAAAUUGAAAAAUAUGGCUACUCCUAAAGAUGGUUCCGAUAGUGAUGAAGAGAAUCAAGAAGGGAUCAAACUAUUCAAUCGUGAGUUAUUAAAUGAAGAUAAAAUCAUUUCCAAGAUAUCAACUUUAAAAUCAUAUAAAUCAAGUGCUACCUCGAACAACUCACUUAAUGAAGUUAUCAAAAUUAUAUAUCAUUUAUCAACUGAUCAACAGAAAUCAACCAGAGUGGAAUUAGUUAAACAAGGCGGUUUAAAUAUUGCAUUAAAUUACCUUAUUGGUUUCAGUGAUAUCAUUAAAAAGGGGAAUCUAGCAUACGCAGUUCCAAAUACUAAAGAUUCCAAUAUUAUUGAAUGUCGUAUUUUUGCCGAUAGAUCAUUAGCCAGAAUGUUGAUUUCUGUUGAUCCCAAAAUAUCAUUCACCAAAUAUGAUAUUCAUACGGCAAUACCAUUUUUAAAAGAAUUAUUAGGUCCAGAUAUAUCACAAUAUCAAACUGAUGAAGAAUUUAAUUCUAAAACUAAUUAUCUCGAAGAUAUGACAUUAUUAGAUCGAUUUGAAAGUUUAUUAUCAUUAACAAAUAUCUCAGCUAUGGAAAAUUCAGAAUUAAAAAAAUUUUUAAUCCAACAAUUUUUUGAAUCUUAUCUUGAUAAUUUCAUAUCAUCUUCAGAAAAUUUUAAAAUUCAAAAAUCUAGUUGGGAAUUAAUUGCAAAUUUAAUUAAUGAACCUCUAAUGUUGGCUAAAUUUUUCAAUCUUGAAAUUAAAUCAAAUUUUAAACGGUUAGAUUUAUUAAUUAAAUUAUUUAAUUCUAAUAAUAUUGAUUUACAAAUUGUUAUUUCUGGAUUAUUAGCAAAUGCUACUGAAUUUGAUAUGAUUUCUGAAGUACUUGUUUCAAAUAAUGAUAUAUUUAAUGAAUUAAUUAAUAUCAUUUCUGAAAUAUUAACGAAUCAAUCAAAUGAAAUCAAUUUGAUCUUACCAACUUGUUAUAUUUUAAUAAAUUUGGUUUAUGCCGCUGCUAAUACUAAUCAAGAAUUAUUAAUCAAAUUAUCAACAAAUUCUAAAUUGAAAUCUGGUUGUACAAGUAUAUUAAAAUCAUCUCAAAAUGAACCUAAAGAGAUCAUUAUGGAAGUUAUUAAAAUGUGCAGAUUCAAGUAG